UUUAGAAUUGCGUUGUGUUAAUAUACAUUCGGAGUCAGAUUAGUUUUCUUCAAACAAACUCUAGGUAUCAUCACACCACUCAUCAGAUCUGCUAUCCAUCACUAUUCACUUCAAUUUUGUUCAGAAUGGCACCGGACCCUAAUGCUAGCGGAAGUGGAAGCGGCGGCGCCGCUGCCAGAGACGAGGUGGCGACGAAGGUUCCGUCGAAGGACCCUAAAAAGAAAGACGACAAGAAAGAUGAGGAUCUCUCAGAUGAAGAUUUAGCAUUAAAGCAGCAAUUAGAGUUGUAUGUGGAAAGGGUUCAGGAUCCUGAUUCUGCAUUACAGAAGGUUGCUCUAGAGAGUAUGAGGCAGGAAAUUAGGACAUCAACCAGCUCAAUGACCUCAGUUCCAAAGCCAUUGAAAUUUCUUCGACCACAUUAUGCAACUUUGAAGGCAUUCUAUGAAUCUAUGGCGGAUUCAGACCUUAAGAAAUUGUUGGCUGAUAUAUUGUCAGUUUUGGCAUUGACCAUGUCAGCUGAGGGAGAACGGGAGAGCUUAAAGUAUCGAUUGUUGGGUUCUGAAAGUGACAUUGGUUCAUGGGGCCAUGAAUAUGUUAGGAACUUGGCUGGAGAGUGUGCCCAGGAAUAUGCGAAGCGACAGAGUGAUGAGAACCCAAUUGACGAUUUAAUGGAACUCGUUACACAAAUUGUUGCUUUUCACAUGAGGCACAAUGCUGAACCUGAAGCUGUUGACCUAUUAAUGGAGGUUGAAGACCUUGACCUCUUGAUUGACCAUGUUGACAACACAAAUUUCAAGAGGACCUGUCUAUAUCUCACCAGCGCAGCAAGAUACCUUCCCGGACCUGAUGAUAUGCUAGUUCUUGAUAUUGCUUACAUGAUUUAUCUCAAAUACGAAGAAUAUGCAAAUGCUCUUCAGAUUGCACUAUUCCUUGAUAACUUGCAGUAUGUGAGUCAGAUUUUUUCAGCUUGUGAUUCUGUGCUCCGAAAGAAGCAAUUCGCUUACAUUGUUGCUCGUCAUGGAAUUGCAUUCGAGCUCGAUGAUGAAAUGGCUUCAGAGGAUGAGGACAGAGAGGCAUUGCAGGAUAUUAUCAACAACAUUAAACUAAGUGAAGGCUAUUUAACCCUUGCUCGGGAUAUUGAGGUCAUGGAGCCCAAGUCUCCAGAAGAUAUCUAUAAGGCACAUUUGCUUGAUGGCCGAGCAAGUGCCGGUGCUAGUGUUGAUUCUGCUCGACAAAAUUUGGCUGCUACAUUUGUCAACGCAUUUGUAAAUGCAGGUUUUGGUCAGGAUAAGUUAAUGACAGUUCCAUCAGACUCUUCAAGUAGUAGUACUUCAGGAAACUGGCUUUUCAAGAAUAAAGAACAUGGAAAGGCUAGUGCUGCUGCAAGUCUGGGUAUGAUCUUACUUUGGGAUGUGGACUCUGGACUUGCUCAACUUGAUAAAUAUUUUCAUAGCAAUGACAAUCAUGUUAUUGCUGGUGCACUGCUUGGAGUUGGGAUUGUCAAUUGUGGCAUCAAGAAUGAUUGUGAUCCUGCAUUGGCACUUCUGGGAGAUUAUGUAGAUAAAGAAGAUGCUCUCAUAAGAAUUGGGGCAAUUAUGGGUCUCGGUAUUUCAUAUGCUGGUUCUCAAAAUGAUCAGAUACGUUUUAAGUUGUCUCCAAUUCUCAAUGAUGCAAAAGCCCCCCUUGAUGUAAUUGCAUUUACUGCAAUUUCAUUGGGCUUGAUAUACGUGGGCUCCUGCAAUGAAGAAGUUGCACAGGCGAUUAUAUUUGCAUUGAUGGAUCGCAGUGAGUCAGAAUUACAGGACCCGCUUACACGGCUCUUGCCUCUUGGUCUCGGUCUUUUAUACCUUGGGAAGCAGGACAGUGUGGAGGCAACAGCAGAAGUUUCUAAGACAUUUAAUGAAAAAAUCAGAAAGUAUUGUGACAUGACCUUGCUUUCUUGUGCAUACGCGGGAACCGGGAAUGUUCUCAAGGUUCAGCACCUUCUCGGUCAAUGUACUCACCAUCUUGAGAAGGGCGAAUCUCACCAGGGACCAGCUGUUCUUGGGAUUGCUAUGGUAGCAAUGGCAGAGGAAUUAGGGCUAGAGAUGGCAAUUCGAUCAUUGGAGCAUCUUUUGCAGUAUGGGGAACAGAAUAUUCGCCGGGCAGUUCCUUUGGCUCUUGGUCUCCUCUGCAUAUCGAAUCCAAAAGUUAAUGUUAUGGAUACAUUAAGCAGACUUAGCCAUGACACAGAUUCUGAAGUUGCAAUGGCUGCAGUUAUUUCCUUAGGUUUGAUCGGUGCAGGAACCAAUAAUGCUCGCAUCGCUGGCAUGCUACGCAAUCUCUCAAGCUAUUACUACAAAGAUGCCAGCCUUCUGUUCUGUGUGCGGAUCGCUCAGGGGCUUGUACAUUUGGGGAAGGGCUUAUUGACUCUGAAUCCAUAUCAUUCUGAUCGUUUCUUGCUAUCACCGACUGCACUUGCUGGUCUAACAAUUAUGCUUCACGCGUGCCUUGAUAUGAAAUCUGUGAUAUUGGGGAGAUAUCAUUAUGUUCUAUAUUACCUUGUUUUGGCGAUGCAGCCAAGAAUGUUGAUGACUGUGGAUGAGAAUCUCAAACCUUUAUCUAUACCUGUUCGUGUGGGACAAGCUGUUGAUGUUGUUGGUCAGGCAGGUCGACCAAAGACAAUUACAGGUUUCCAGACCCAUUCAACACCAGUGCUUCUUGCGGCUGGUGAUAGAGCUGAGCUAGCGACUGAGAAGUAUAUUCCUCUUUCACCCAUUCUUGAAGGCUUUGUCAUAUUGAGGGAGAACCCAGACUACAAGGAAGAUAACUAAUUAUUAGUCGGAGCAUCACUCGAAUCUUUCCUGGUAUCUUACAUGACCUUGCGUAACACCUUGAAGUUCAGAAUAUUCAAUUUUGUUUAUAGGAGUUCCGACAAGGUUAAACUUGGACGCAGACCAAGUCUAUUUUCCCUCCAGCUGUUAGAGACAUGGCAGAUUAGAGUGCUAGAGGAAGAGGGGAAAAAUACAUCUGAACUGAUGAGUGACACUUUGUUUCUGAUUUUAUCUUAUGAAUUUACAUCGGACAUGGUGGCUCUUGACCACUUAAAUUUAAAAGGAAAAUAUUUUGUGCAA